AUGUACAGAAGAAGAGUCAUUCUUGGAGAAGGGAAGUCCCACCCAGGAGAAAAAGAGUCCCACCCCAGACUAGAAGAGUCCCACACAGGAGAAGAGGAGUCCCACCCCAGACUAGAAGAGUCCCACACAGGAGAAGAGGAGUCCAAGUCAGGUGAAAAAGAGACCCACCCCAGACUAAAAAAGUCCCACACAGGAGAAGAGGAGUCCCACCCACAUGAAAAAGAGUCCCACCCCAGAGUAGAAGAGUCCCAUACAGGAGAAGAGGUGUCCCACCCAGGAGAAAAAGAGUCCCACCCCAGAGUAGAAGAGUCCCACACAGGAGAAGAGGAAUCCAACCCAGGUGAAAUAGAGACCCACCCCAGACUAAAAAAGUCCCACACAGGAGAAGAGGAGUCCCACCCAGGUGAAAAAGAGUCCCACCCCAGAGUAGAAGAGUCCCACACAGGAGAAGAGGAGUCCCACCCAGGAGAAAAAGAGUCCCACUCCAGAGUAGAAGAGUCCCACACAGGAGAAGAGGAGUCCCACCCAGGUGAAAAAGAGUCCCACCACAGACUAGAACAGUCCCACACAGGAGAAGAGGAGUCCAACCCAGGUGAAAUAGAGACCCACCCCAGAGUAAAAGAGUCCCACACAGGAGAAGAGGAGUCCCCCCCAGGUGAAAAAGAGUCCCACCCCAGAGUAAAAGAGUCCCACACAGGAGAAGAGGAGUCCCCCCCAGGUGAAAAAGAGUCCCACCCCAGAGUAGAAGAGUCCCACACAGGAGAAGAGGAGUCCCACCCAGGUGAAAAAAAGUCCCACUCCAGAGUAAAAGAGUCCCACACAGGAGAAGAGAAGUCCCACCCAGGAGAAAAAGAGUCCCACCACAGACUAGAAGAGUCCCACACAGGAGAAGAGGAGUCCCACCCAGGUGAAAAAGGAGGAAACCUGGAGAGUGGAACAUGA